CUGUGCUUCGGACUGAACGUUUAGCUUUAGCUUCUGUUAGCUUCAUAACACGGAACGUUCCUGCCUCCGAGUCUGUGUUUCACACGGACCACUCCGCUGUCCGGACCUAGAGCUCUGGGGCUCGUUAGCCGGAUCCGUUCAGUCAGCUGAGCAGCUAAGCUAACACGCUAACUGGUUAGCUUGAUUCAGCUACUGACGUUAGCCGCCUCCGUGCAGCUCAUGCCGGCGAUGCUGGAGAGAAACCCGGAGGCUCCGGGGAAGAGGAGAGGCAGAGCCCCGGCGGGCGGCGGCAGCAGCGGCCCCGGAGCAGCAGUGACCCACGGCGGGAAGAGUCUGUCCGGGAAUGGAACCAGCACUAACAGCUGUUGGGAAGAAGGAAGUUCAGGAUCCAGUAGCGACGAGGAGCAUGGUGGAGGAGGGAUGCGGGUCGGACCGCAGUACCAGGCCGUGGUUCCAGAGUUUGAUACUGACGUGGCUCAGGCGGCUCAGCUCAGAGAGAACCCUGGGAUGCUGGUCUGGAUCCCGAGCAGCUGUCUGAACCAGUCUCAGUUGGACGAAUACAUCGCCAUCGCCAAAGAGAAACACGGCUACAACAUGGAGCAGGCGCUGGGGAUGCUCUUCUGGCACAAACACAACGUGGAGAAAUCUCUGGCUGAUUUGCCGAACUUCACCCCGUUUCCUGACGAGUGGACGGUGGAGGACAGAGUCCUUUUUGAACAGGCCUUCAGUUUCCAUGGAAAGAGCUUCCACCGCAUCCAGCAGAUGCUCCCGGACAAGUCCAUGGCCAGUCUGGUUCGGUUUUAUUACUCGUGGAAGAAAAGUCGCAGUAAAACCAGUCUGAUGGAUCGACAGACCCGGAAACACAAAAGAGAGAGAGACAACAGUGAUGAUGAAGAAGCUCACAGGAACAAUCUGAGUGACUCUGAGGUCGAGCAGAAUAAAGACGACAAGAGGGAGGUCAGUUGUGGAUCAGAGGUCAAAACAUCUGCCGGACUGAAGUCAGGUGUGAAGGCCUCUCAGCGGAUGAAGAAGCGUCCCCCUAGAGGAAUGUUUCUGAACCAACAGGACGUUGUCUCUCUGUCGUCUUCGUCUCCUCAGGGACUCAUCAGACACCUGGACGGUCAGCUGGUGUCCAUCAAGAGACAGAUUCAGACCGUCAAACAGACCAACAGUGCUCUAAAGGACAAAAUCAGUUCAGGAGUGGACGAGUUCAGACAACCUGAGGUGAAUCAGAAGCUGAACAGUCGUUGGACGACGGAGGAGCAGCUGCUCGCUGUACAAGCCAUCAGGAAGUACGGAAGAGACUUCCAGGCUAUCUCAGAUGUGAUCGGUAACAAGUCGGUGGUUCAGGUGAAGAACUUCCUGGUGAACUACAGACGGAGGUUUAACCUGGACGAGGUUCUUCAGGAGUGGGAGGCAGAACAUGGCGUGGAGGGGGAAGACAGAGAAGAAGGAGGAGACGGAGGAGAAGAGGGAGAUGGAGGAGACGGCGGAGGAGAGGAGGAGAAAAUGGAGGUGUGUCCAACUGAGGAGAAGGAGGUUACUGCCAAGGAUACAAAGGAGGACUCGUCCUUUCCAGUCGACCCCCACAAGCCCCUGGCGUCCUGAGACCCUCUGACCCAACCCCUCUUUCAUGAUGUCAUCAUUUUAGUUUGUUGACAUGUUAUUGAUCAGGUUUGAACUGUCACCUGAUAUUAAUGCUUUCUCUGGACCAAUCUGUGUGUGCGUGUGCGUGUGUGUGCAGCCAUGUUGGAUGAUGUCACUCAGGUAUCGUCCUCCUGUUUUAUGAUUUUAGAAUUUUUAUUUUAGAGGAAACAAUAAAACCAAAGUUGAUCAAUAAA